CAAUUUAUUCGUUCAAUUGAAGAAAAAUAUAGUGUUAGUUUGCGUGAUGUAAAACGAACAAUUAAAUUAGUCAUAUUCUUCAGUAAAAGUCUUCAAAGUCGUCCAAAACUCAAUAAAUCCCCCUACCCACCUCAUCCGGAUAAUUCUGGCCGUAUCAAUUUUUUAGUUCGUUGUUAUAUUUUAGCAAUUAGUCUUUGUUAUCAGUCUAGAAUAUAUGAACAAGAAUUACGAACUGAAUAUCGCAAAGAAAUGAUUAAAGUUUUCCAAAGACAGAAAAUAAACAUUAAAGAUGGUGAUUUUAUUAAAAUAAUCCGAGAUGAGCAAGAAGAUUGGGUUAAAAGAAUGCAAUUGCCUCCAAAUACUGCGAUGAAUGAAGCAUUAUUAGAAAAUGUUUUAGUGAUGAUUGUCUGUAUUCUUACCAAGAUUCCUGUGUUUAUUAUCGGUGCUCCAGGAUCAUCAAAAUCCUUAGCGAUUAAACUUGUAGGUCAAAACCUACGUGGAUCUGAUUCAAAUGAUAGAUAUUUUCGAAAACUUCCUCAGGUAUACCUUAUUUCUUAUCAAGGAUCGUCGUCUUCCACUUCGGACGGUAUUAUUAAAGUUUUUGACAAAGCUAUUAAAUACCAAGAAACCAGUUCAAAAGAAUUUUCAGUUAUCAGUGUUGUUGUUCUUGAUGAAGUUGGAUUGGCUGAAACUAGUCCACAUAAUCCACUUAAAGUACUUCAUGCAUUACUUGAACCAAGCUAUCCGUCUGAUGGGCCAGCAGUUUCCGUCGUUGGUAUCAGUAAUUGGAGAUUAGAUAAUAGUAAAAGCAGCAGAGCCUUAUUAGUUCAAAGACCUAAAUUUGGUGUCGAGGAUCUUAUCGAUACGGCGGUUCGUUUACUUGAUUCUAAAUUACAUAACUCCAUAACCCGUGCCUCACUUCGGCCACUUGCGGAUGCCUAUUCAGAGUACGAAGGAUGUGGACAAUCACAUUCUAACUUCCACGGUCUUCGAGAUUAUUAUGGAUUAGUAAAAAGUUUAUCGAAGUCUGAUCUAACCCCAGAAAACGUUCAAAUGGCAUUAGAAAGAAAUUUUGGUGGCACUGAUCGAAAUGAAAAUCCAU